AUGGAUAACAUCAAAGCCCCAUUCAAAGGAAUUAUCAAGGAUUUCAAAGGAAGAAAAACAUGCUAUAAACAAGAUUGGACCAGUGCACUUCGCUCAGGCACCAGCAUACUGGCCCCGACUACCUAUAUCUUCUUUGCUUCUGCUCUUCCAGUUAUUGCUUUUGGAGAACAACUUAGUAGAGAAACAGAUGGACACUUGAGCACAGUAGAAACUUUAACUUCCACUGCCAUAUGUGGUAUCAUACACUCGAUAUUUGGUGGGCAGCCUUUGUUGAUAUUAGGAGUGGCAGAACCCACUGUUAUAAUGUAUACUUACUUGUACAAUUUUGCUAAAGGAAGGGCUGAUCUUGGACGUGAGCUGUUCUUGGCAUGGACCGGAUGGGUCUGCUUCUGGACAGCUCUUUUCCUCUUUCUUCUUGCAAUAUUUAAUGCUUGCACCAUCAUAACCAAAUUUACGAGGAUUGCAGGGGAGCUUUUUGGCAUGUUGAUUGCAGUUCUUUUCAUUCAAGAAGCUGUCAAGGGGGUGGUGAGUGAAUUUCGCAUUCCUAAGGAUGAAGAUCCAAACUCAGAGAAGUAUCAAUUCCAGUGGCUAUAUUCAAACGGGUUGCUAGCUAUCAUAUUCUCCUUUGGCCUACUUUUAACUGCCCUAAAGAGCAGAAGGGCAAGAUCAUGGUCGUAUGGUACAGGAUGGUCCCGAGGUUUCAUUGCAGAUUAUGGUGUUCCUUUGAUGGUGUUAGUAUGGACAGCUUUGUCAUUCAGUGUGCCUAGCAAAGUUCCUUCUGGAGUUCCCAGGAGGCUUUUCAGUCCUCUUCCUUGGGAAUCUGCUUCAUUGCAGCAUUGGACAGUGAUCAAGGAUAUGGGGAAGAUCCCUCCAGCAUACAUCCUUGCUGCCAUCAUACCAGCUGUGAUGAUAGCGGGUCUUUACUUUUUUGACCACAGUGUGGCUUCACAAAUGGCGCAGCAGAAGGAAUUCAAUCUCAAGAACCCAUCUGCUUACCAUUAUGACAUCUUAUUGCUUGGUGUUAUGACUUUGCUCUGUGGAUUUCUUGGACUCCCUCCCUCAAAUGGGGUACUCCCACAAUCUCCCAUGCACACUAAGAGCCUUGCCGUUCUCAAGAGACGGUUAAUCCGAAGGAAGAUGGUACAGAGUGCUAAGGAAUGCAUAAAGCAACAAGCUAGCAACACUGAGAUUUACGGGAAGAUGCAGGCUGUUUUUAUAGAAAUGGACAUGGCUCCAUCACUAUUAGUCACUGAAGAGCUAAAGGACUUGAAGGAAGCAAUCAUGAAGGGUGAAGAUGGAAAAAAUGCGGACGAUAAAUUUGACCCUGAAAAGCACAUUGAUGAUUACUUGCCUGUCCGGGUUAAUGAGCAAAGAGUGAGCAACCUGUUACAAUCUAUUCUCGUGGGAGCAUCAGUAUUUUCCAUGCCCAUUAUCAGGAGGAUUCCUACAUCAGUUCUCUGGGGAUAUUUUGCCUAUAUGGCCAUUGACAGCCUUCCUGGAAACCAAUUCUGGGAAAGAAUGUUGCUUCUUUUCAUUACCCCUGCCCGGCGCUACAAGGUGUUGGAAGGGGUUCAUGCUUCGUUUGUGGAAUCAGUGCCCUUCAAAUAUAUUUUCAUGUUUACCCUAUUCCAGUUUGUGUACCUUCUGGUGUGUUUUGGAGUAACAUGGAUUCCCAUAGCUGGAAUAUUGUUUCCCUUGCCAUUCUUUCUGCUUAUAACCAUAAGACAGCAUGUCCUUCCAAAACUAUUCCACCCCCAUGACCUCCAGGAGCUGGAUGCAGCCGAGUACGAGGAAAUUGCUGGUGUUUGGAGCCACAGUCGUAGUUUCAAAUUCAAGGACCUUGAGCCAACUCAUUCAGGGCAUAAAGAGGGUGAAGUAGAAAUUUGUGAUGCCGAGAUAUUGGAUGAGCUGACCACCAGUAGAGGAGAGUUAAAGCUUAGAUCUCUAAGCUGUCCGGCAGAUUGGAUCUCUCAGGUUCAUCCAAAGGAAGAUGAAGAACAUAACGAUACAGAGACCAACGAAGCAUGAGGGGAUGAAGUAAUAAUCAAGUUGAGCAUGUUUAUUUAAGGAGUGAGGAGGAAUGUCUAGCUCCUAGUUUUAUAUUCUUGUAUUAGUAUGUAAUGGAAAAAGAAAAAGAAAGAGAGAAAAAAAAAUUAAAAAAUGAUAAGUUAGAGAUGGACAUGGAAUUUUCAAUUCUAAUGCCAAUCGAGUAGAGAGGCACGCAUUCAAAUUGAUAUUUGAUUAUUUUUCAU